UCACGGCCGCUGCCUUCCGGGUGUCCCACGGCUGGUGGGAGUUUCUGCGGCUGUUGGGGUGUCCGUCUGUCCUGCCACGGCCCGCUGCCGUCCGUCUGAGCGAGGGGCUGUCCGGCUGUCCAUCGGGGUGUCCGGCUGUCUGUCUGUGUCCAUCCAUCCAACCCACCCAUCACCACCUCCCCGACGCCAUGUACACCGCGCUCCCCAAAAGCGGUUCCCCCUUCGGCCCCUCCGUCACCCGCCCGGGGCUGCACAUCUGGCGGGUGGAGAAGCUGCGGCCGGUGGAGGUCCCCGAGGCGACGUGGGGUGUCUUCUUCUCGGGGGAUGCCUACCUGGUGCUGCACAACGGGCCAGAUGAGCGAGCCCACCUCCACCUCUGGAUGGGCCGGGAUUCCUCGCGGGACGAGCAGGGUGCCUGCGCCCUCCUCUCCACCCAGCUGAACACGCUGCUGGGCGAGCGCCCCGUGACGCACCGUGAGGUGCAGGGCAACGAGUCCGACAUCUUCAUGGAGUACUUCCCCCGUGGCGUCACCUACCAGGAGGGCGGCGUGGACUCGGCGUUCAAGCCUACCCGGCCCGGCGCCAGCGCCGGCCCCGUGCACAAACUCUACCAGGUGAAGGGCAAGAAGAACAUCCGGGCGAGCGAGCGGGACCUGAGCUGGGCCAGCUUCAACACCGGCGACUGCUUCAUCCUCGACCUGGGCGAGACCCUCUUCGUCUGGUGCGGAGCCAGGUGCAAUGUGCUGGAGCGCGGCAGGGCGCAGGAGCUGGCCGCGGCCAUCCGGGACGGCGAGCGGGGCGGCAAGGCUCGCCUGGAGAUCGUAGCGGACGGUGAGGAGCCACCUGAGAUGCUCCAGGUGCUGGGCCCCAAGCCCACCUUGCAGGAGGGCAGCCCCGAGGAGGACAUCGUGGCCGAUCAGAGAAAUGCGGGGGCAGCUGUCCUCUAUAAGGUGUCGGAUGCGACGGGGCGCAUGGACCUGAGCCAGGUGGCCGCCAGCAGCCCCUUCAGCCAGAGCCUGCUCUGCUCCGAUGACUGCUUCGUGCUGGACAAUGGCGCCGGCGGAAAGGUCUACGUCUGGAAAGGGCGCAAGGCCAAUGAACGGGAGCGCCAGGCGGCCCUGAAAGUGGCCGAGGAGGUCAUCGCCCGUAUGGGCCACUCGCCCCGGACACAGGUGGAAAUCCUGCCCCAGGGCCGCGAGACGCCCCUCUUCAAGCAGUUCUUCACCAGCUGGAAGUGAGGGAGCGGGUGCCCGUGGGGCCAGCGCCCAGCCCAGGGCAUCACCAGGCUUGUGCCGGCUGUGCCAGCUCCCCGCCGAUGCCUGCACCCUGCUCAGCCAUCCCCAUCCCCGUGCCUUUGCCCAUCCUAUCCCUGUCAUUCUCAUCCCUGUGCCAUCCCCAUGCCAACGCCAUUCACAUCCUUGUGCCAUCCCCAAGCCCGUGCCAUCUCCAUUCCUGUGCCACCCCUGUGCCAUCCUCAUUCCUUUGCCCACCCCAUGCCCACGUCAUCCCCAUCUCCAUGCCAUCCCCAAGCCCGUGUCAUCCCCAUCCCCCUGCCUUUGCCCACCCCAUGCCCAUGUCAUUCCCUUCCCCAUGCCCAUGCCAUCCCAAGCCCGUGCCAUGCCCACAAUAACUCUGUGCCAACACUGUCUCCUCACCCUCGCUGCUACCGUACCUCUGCCAUCUGCACGCCCUCACCGCCUUGCUGCCAAUGCCCACGCCACCUCCGUGCCCACGCUGUGCCACCUCUGUGCCCCAUCAUUGUGCCCACGCUGUCCCCCUGCCCACAUCAUCUUCUUGCCCAUGCGCCCAGGCCGCCCCUGUGCCGACGCGUCUCCCCCAUCCCGCGCUCAGGCCCUGGUGAAUAAAGGGACGGUGCC